AACUUUCCCGCCACACACACACACACACGACCCGCCAUUUCACAGAGAAGAAGAGAAAAUGGCUUCCGCAUCCUCCAAAACCCUAAUCGACAUUUUCGAUCGAGCUUCAAAGCGCUUAAAACCCACUCUCUGCAAAUCCGAAGACGCCACUAAUGCCUCUUCCACCCUCUCCAUCGACCAAAAAUCUCGAAUCGAAUACAAUAAGAAUCUCGCUUUGUCCAAAAGGAACCUCAAAAUCUGCAUCGAUAGGGUUUCCAAACACAAAGAAUCUUUAGCUUCGGGUUGCGUGAAAUUAGAGGAAUUGCUCGUUGAGGAAUCGUGGUUGGAAGCUUUAUCCGGAGAAUUUCAGAAAUCUUAUCUUGUUAAUCUUGCUAAGUUCGUCGAAACGGAGAUUUGUUCGAGGGAUGAUUAUAUAUAUCCUCCUCAGCAUUUGAUUUUCAAUGCUCUUAAUACAACUCCUUUUCAUUCUGUUAAGGCUGUGAUCCUUGGUCAGGACCCUUAUCAUGGACCUGGUCAAGCAAUGGGGCUUUCGUUUUCGGUUCCUGAGGGAGUCAAAGUUCCAUCCAGUUUGGUAAAUAUAUUUAAGGAGCUUAAGCAAGACCUUGGUUGUUCGGUUCCGUCCCACGGAAAUCUUGAAAAAUGGGCUGUGCAGGGCGUUCUCUUGCUUAAUGCUGUUCUCACAGUCAGGAAGCACCAAGCAAAUUCUCAUGCAAAAAAAGGCUGGGAACAAUUUACUGAUGCUGUUAUCAAGACAAUCUCGCAGAAGAAAGAAGGGGUUGUGUUUCUGUUGUGGGGAAAAUCUGCUCAGGAGAAACUUAGGUUAAUUGAUUCAACCAAACAUCACAUUCUAAAAGCUGCACAUCCUUCAGGUUUGUCUGCGAAUAGAGGCUUCUUUGGCUGCAGGCACUUCUCUCAAACUAACCAACAUCUGGAGCAAAUGGGGAUUGAUCCCAUAGAUUGGCAACUAUAAUUUAUAUGUAGAGUUCAAGUCCAAGUUCUUUUUUGAGCCUGUUUUCCUUGAUGCAUAGAUGAUUCUGUGGAUUCUAAAUCUACCAAGAAAAAAGUGUUUUGUCUAUAUUUUGCAGUACUGACCAAUACUAUUUACUAGUAGCAUCUUGGCAUAACGAUGAUCUCGGAUCCUAAUUUGAGAUUGUACUGAACAAUAUAUUUAUGGAGAUUAUCAAAAUGUAUUAUCAGUGUA